CACCCAUUAAGGAGAAUAUCAGACCCUCCAGCUCAUGGUUUCGCUGCUGUGUGUCUUCCUCAGUCACUAACCUGUCUGACCUGCCUUUUUUUGAUAGCAGAGCUCUUUUUCUUCGGCUUUCCGUCCAAACCGCUGUAGGUCGUGUGUUUCUACAACAGCUUGUGUUUUUUUUGUGUAUGUGCAAGAUGCAGAAGAGAAGGAAGCCAGAGCCGAUCCAACUCAACCCGAUCCCAGAUGGAAACACGAUCAACGGCACUGGAGCCACAGAAACAAACUUAGAGGCGCUGCAGAAGAAACUAGAAGAGCUUGAGUUGGAUGAGCAGCAGCGGAAACGCCUGGAGGCCUUUCUGACACAGAAGCAGAAAGUGGGAGAGCUGAAGGACGAUGACUUUGAGAAGAUCUGUGAGCUGGGUGCCGGCAACGGAGGAGUCGUCUUCAAGGUCUCCCACCGACCCUCUGGUCUGAUUAUGGCGAGGAAGCUGAUCCACCUGGAGAUCAAACCAGCCAUUAGGAACCAGAUCAUCAGGGAGCUUCAGGUGCUACAUGAGUGUAACUCCCCCUACAUUGUGGGCUUCUAUGGAGCUUUCUACAGUGAUGGAGAAAUCAGCAUCUGCAUGGAGCAUAUGGACGGAGGCUCCCUGGAUCAGUCACUGAAGAAGGCAGGCAAGAUCCCAGAACAGAUCCUUGGCAAAGUCAGCAUCGCUGUGAUUAAAGGGCUCUCCUACCUGAGGGAGAAACACAAGAUCAUGCACAGAGAUGUGAAGCCCUCUAACAUCCUAGUGAAUUCCCGCGGUGAGAUCAAGCUGUGUGACUUUGGAGUGAGUGGACAGCUCAUAGACUCCAUGGCCAACUCCUUUGUGGGCACUCGCUCUUACAUGUCUCCGGAGCGUUUACAGGGCACCCAUUACUCUGUUCAGUCGGACAUCUGGAGUAUGGGUCUGUCCCUGGUUGAAAUGGCCAUUGGACGCUUCCCUAUCCCACCACCAGAUGCUAAGGAACUGGAACAGAUUUUUGGUUUUCCAGUGGAAGGGGAGGCAGCCUUCAGUGAGUCCUCCCCAAAGCCACGGCCCCCUGGGCGACCAGGCAGCUCAUACGGAUCUGACAGCAGACCGCCGAUGGCUAUUUUUGAGCUGCUUGAUUACAUUGUCAAUGAGCCUCCGCCAAAGCUACCUGGGAUAUUUAGCUCAGAAUUUCAAGACUUUGUCAAUAAAUGUUUGGUCAAGAAUCCUGCAGACAGAGCAGACCUGAAACAGCUGAUGGUACAUUCUUUUAUCAAACAGUCUGAGGCAGAGCAGGUUGACUUUGCUGGCUGGUUGUGCAGUACCAUUGGACUCAAUCAGCCCGUGACACCAACCCACGGUACAGCAAUGUGAGACCGGUCUACGUCAAGCCGAAGUUUCUCUAAUGACUGGAUUUGUAUUAUGGGUAAAAUGUAUGUUUAUACAGAGAAUUAAAUGACAAAUGUUGUGCAAUUACUAGUUUUAUUUUAGAGUACAAACCUACAUGCCAAGUGAAAUUAACUGAGUUGAACAAUUUUUGGGCUACAGGCCUGCCAGAGAAGCCAUCUUUUUCUAAAUAUAAAAUUAUUUAAUCAUUACAAAUGCUGCUCAACCUGUGUGCUUGAUAAUCCUUUUACCUUGUGUCCUUAGCGCCAGCAGAUUAAAAUCUUUGUGAAAUAAAGUCUUGUGAAGAAAAUUCUGAA